UCUUGGAGUCUGAGAAGCUGCAGAAGAAGAUGGAGGACUCUUCUUCACCCAACCACUCCUCUUCAUCACCCAUGGAGCUCUUUCAGGCAGUUAUAGCCAGUUAAACCAGUACAGAACCUUAAACUGAGCCAAAUCCAGGGUAGAACUCUGCAGAACCUCAGUCUGCAACAGAACCGAGCUACCGCUUGCUUCAGAACCCAAACAGAACCUCCAACUGGACCUCGGACCUGCUAAUCUGCUGCGUAGCGUCGGUCACCUGAUCGGAUCAGCGCUGAGAACAGAAGCAGGUUGUUCCCGACCCACCAGGUCCUGGAGGUUCUGGUAGAUCCAAUUAGCUUCCUGGCGGUCGGUGGGACCACAUCUCUGUCUUGGUUCUGCAGUUCUUCAUGGAGACGUCAUUGAUGCCAAGUGCAGUCCCCAGAGAGGAGAUGGGUCAGAACCAGUCCAUCAGCCUGGGUCUGAUUAGCAGGUGGAAGAAGAAUUAUAGUUCUGCUGGUUCUGGACUCAUUCAGAACCAGUUUUCAGAAACGACUCCAACCUGGACUGCAGUCAGGAUGGGAUCCUAUUCGGGUUCUGCCUGGAAGACACCAUGUUCUGGAUUUAUGUGUUUGGAGAUGAAACUGGGUAAUACUGGAUCAGAACCGGACAGGAUCUGAAGCUCUAGGUUCCGAUCUGAUCAGAACCAGGUCCUACCCAUAAUGCCUCAUGUUCUGCUGAUCUCGCCAGCCCUGCAGCUCAUCUAUUGGAGGGAACCCAGAAAGUCCUUGGCGGCGUUUGUCUCAUCUCUGAUGGUCCUUGUUGCCAUGGCGACGCUGUCGGUCAUCAGCGUCGUGUCCUACCUGUUGCUGGCCUUUCUCUGCGUCACCAUCACCUUCAGGGUUUAUAAAUCCGUGAUCCAGGCGGUCCAAAAGUCCCACGAAGGUCACCCCUUCAGGUCUCUGCUGGACCGGGACAUCUCCGUUUCCUCGGAGUCGGCCCGGCAGCUGGCCGAUUGGUGCCGGAACCGCCUGAACUGGCUGAGCGUCCAGACCAGGAGGCUGCUGCUGGUGGAGGACCUGGUGGACUCGCUGAAGAUGGCGGCCAUCAUGUGGCUGAUGACAUACGUCGGUGCGUUGUUCAAUGGCGUCACCAUUCUGAUCCUGGCCGAUGUCGUUUUCUUCACCGCGCCGCCGAUCUACCAGAAGAAGAAGACCCAGAUCGAUCGGCAGCUGGUUCUGCUUCAGUCCAAACUGGAGAAGGUUCUGCUGAGGCUGCAGGACCGGCUGCCUGGAGCUGUGAGGAGGAGCAAAGCGGAGUGAACCCGAGAUCAGCCCGGUUCCGGCUCAAUAAAGA